AUGUGCGGGGUUAUGAGUCAUGCUGCCGCAGUUGGUUACAUCUUCUGCGUUAUCCCUCGCCACUCGGAAGACCUUGAGAGGCUGAGUAGGCUGGGGAUGAAAGGUGCCCGGUCCCGUGGACGCCCCGAGGUUAAAGGAGUUUUCCUCCCAGGCAGCUCAGUUCAUGAGAAGCCAGCCACGCCCACCUCGACGUACCACGCCCAGUUACAGGCGAUCACAGCAACUAAUGUGGGAGUCCCAUCUCGUAAGCAGAAUAGUCUCUGUGAGUUCAAGCUAAGACUAUCAAAGUCUCUGAUGUAUGGUGGAAAAGAUGUGACAAGAAAAAGAGGAAGACCUUCAAAUGCUGUAGACAGUGCCUUUGCUCAGAAGAGGAAAACUGGGAGAGCCACCAAGAAAAUUCCAGAAAAAAGACAUACGGCAAGCACAGUUCAGAGGCACACUUACUUGACACACACCCGCACUUCCCAGUCGCCGGCGAUCUUCCUUCUGCGCGGCUGCCCGCGCCCACCGCCGCCCAGCCUCCAAGGGCGGUUACACUGGUCCUCGGAGGACGAGGGUGUGAUAGCAAAGGAUGAUAAACUGUGGUGGGAGCGUUUAAUGCUUGGAGUGUGGCUAUUAAUGACCUUCGUGUUGAGCAGAAGUUACGCUGGAAACUUGAUGUCUCUGCUAGCCGUGAGACACAUCCCCCAACCUUAUCAAAGACUCAGAGACGUGAUAGACGACUCUACAACUGCUAUGAUUUGGGAAACCAACACUGCAUACAUUCAAUAUAUAAAUUCUGUAGAUAUGGGUGAAUUUCAAGAAGUGGCAGAAGCAGGAAAACAAGGAAGAAUAUAUUACAAAAAGGGAUUUGAAUUUCUUCAUAUAGUCGACACGCUGGUAAGAAAAGGUGAUCACGUGUUGAUGAUUGAAGAUUUAACAGCCAGGGUUCUUAUGGCUCGUCUUUUCUCUUUAACAGGCCAAUGUGACUUCUACACUUCCAGGGACGCUUAUCUUCCAUAUUUCUUUGCUAUGAUUGCUAAGAAGAACAGUCGGCUAACCAUUCACCUUAAUAAAAUGAUACGGUAUGUAACUGAAGGAGGACUGUACGAACGUUGGAUUGCUUAUACUAUCCCCAAUUCAACCACGUGUUUGAGAGCGCCAAACACCAUCACCGUUAAUUCAAGUCUCUCCUUGAACAACUUUUGGGUGGCAG